UGAUCGAGAUGGCCCUGAAGCUGCUGAUACGUGUAGAAUGUGAAGAUGGUAGAGAGAGGCCAGUCAUAUGAAUGAAAAAGAGAAAGUGUGGGUUCAACGGUCUUGAUAUGGAGACGUCUUGAAACGAUACCUGGACAGAUUAUGAUUUCAUCAGAAACAACUUUGAAUAUAUAAUUCAUUUAGUUUGCUUGUUAAUGCAAACAUACCUGUCGUGGUACUAUGUUUUUUUUUAUUUUUCAUAGUACCACAAAUAUUGACAGUGAUAGAUGAAGAUGGCUGGAUGUCAUUGUUUUUUGUAGCAGUGCUAAAAGGGCUGCUGUGAUAACAGCCUUAUCUCUUGAUGACUGCAAGUAGAUGACAUUUUAAUGAAAACAAAGGCCUUCUAGACAUGCUUAGAUGUGUUCGUGCAGAUAGCAGUUUGAGAUUUUAGUUAAGAGUCGAGCUAUACAGGUUAGGUUCAGUCUGACGAUGAAUCCUAGUUUGGAGGUGAUGGACAUCCAAACAAGAAGUCAAAAGGAAAAAUUGACUCCAAUCAGAGCCAAUUCCAAAAAUGACCUGGAGAGUGAGGAUGACAAAAUCCCAGGGUCCUAUGACUGCAACAUUUGUGGACGCAGUUUCCCUUUCAUGAGCUCUCUGUCACAGCAUAUGAGACGCCAUACUGGUGCACGCCCUUAUAAAUGCCCCUACUGUGACCACAGGGCCUCUCAGAAGGGAAACCUCAAAGUUCACAUACGCAGCCACAAACUGGGCACGCUAUCUAGCCACCACUCCAAUGAUGACCAAGAGGGAGGAGCAGAGGAAGAAGAGUUGAGUGUUUCAGAGGGUUUUGAUGGAGGCACAAGUCCAACCAAAAGCACCUCUGCUUGUAACCGUAUGAUGAGUGGAGAUGGUGCUGAAGAUAGUCGGAGGAAAGUGCCUGUGAGGAGCUUGAAAAGAGAGAAAUCUGUAAGUGACCAGCAGCCUUACUGCUGUCGUCUUUGUGGCUAUGAGGCCCAGCGGGAGGACCAGCUCCUGAGUCACAUUGAAAAGGUCCACAUUACUGUCGACACAGAUGAGCAGACAAGUGUUAAGGAAGAAGCCGUGGUUGAACCCGAAGUUCUCCUGCCUCAGUGCGAUGGGACCUUUCCUUGUGAAACUUGUGGCCAGGUCUUCACUCAGGCCUGGUUCUUAAAGUCACAUAUGAAGAAACAUGCAGGAAUCUUGGACCAUUGCUGUCGCAUAUGUGGGAGACGAUUUCGCGAAGCUUGGUUUCUCAAGUCCCACAUGAAAACACACAACACAAGAUCACGAUCACGAGCAAAAUCAGAUUCUACUGAGCAUCCAGCCACCAUCAAUGAUGUAGCCCAAGAUCCUGAAAUUGUCAGCUGUGUUGCAUCUGUCUAUCAAAUGUGCUCGAAAUGUGGGAACUUGUUUGAUAGCCGAGAGAGCUUGAGAGUCCAUGAUAAAGUCCACAGUCUCAGCUAUGGAAAGAAAUUGCAGGGCCGAUCACGACCCAGCGAUGAUGAGGACGCCCCAGCAGCGAAAAUAUGUUUACUUGACUACUUAUGCCUUCAGCCGUUUAGAGACAAUGCUGAGGAUGAUGUCAGUAAUAGGAUACUGGGUCAGCGAAUCCCUGAGCUUGAUCCAGUUUGCAGCCACCAAGCAUGGCAAUUAGCUACUAAAGGAAAGGUUGUGGAACCAGUAGAGUGCAACAAGACUUCCAGUGAUGGAGGAAGUAUUGGAGAAGAAGACCUUACUGCAGCUGCUGUAGUGUAUGAGAAGGAAAGAAGCAGUUAUGUCCUUCAAGGUCAGGAAAGACGCAGCUCAGUUCGCCGCAGCAGCUCUGUUUUGGGAAACCAUGUUUCAUCUGGAGAUCAGACACCAGAGAGCCUCAGUGAUUCUGAGUACCGACCUUCAUCUCGCCAGGAACGGAGACGACCAUCACAGGCUCAAGGUCCCGCCAAAUCCAAUGAGUGCUUCGAAUGUGGUAAGAAGUUUCGCAGUCGCCACAAGAUGAUUGUCCACCAGCGCGUCCAUAGAAAGGAUGGAGUCAGGACGUCCAUCGAAAACAAUGUGAGAACUGAGAAUAAAGACCAAUGGGGCUCAACCAGUGACCAAGAGUCAGGCUCCCCAAGCCGACCUUUCACCCCGGGGUAUGGAGACUCUCCACCAGCCUCCACUCUCAGAGACCAUGCAUCCGAAAUGGGAACCGCUAACUCAGGGGAACUUGCAGAUGGAAACCCUUACGUCUGUAGCCUGUGUGACUUUGUUACCACCGAGUCAGAAACGUACCUGGCUCAUGUGCGUGUCCAACAUCCAGUGUCCUCCGAAGAGAAAACCAGCCCCAUUCCCAGAGUCGCCCCUAAUGGUUAUCCCAAGUUGAAGAAAGCCCUCCUGCAGGGGCUGACAAUAGCAGAAUCCCCACCAGCUCACCCUUCAACUUGCUCCUCUCCACUGGAUCCUGUGGAUCUCUGUGUCAGAGCUGGGGGUCACAGGGGCAGAACCCCCGCAAACCUCGACAGGAAAAUCCUCCCAAACCACAAGUGUUCCUUCUGCUCCCAUUCAACUCUCUAUCCCGAGGUUCUGUGGAUGCACCAGACUAUUGCUCACCGCAUGACCAGUAGUAGUUCCAAUCUGGCACCGAAAUGGGCUCUGAAAAACAGCAACAAGGUGCCCAAAAACCGCUUGUUAUCCUCUGUAAGGCGUACUGGUCCCCCACCGGUCAUGGAGGGUAAGGAAUGUCCACCACUGCCGGCGCUAGCGCGUGUCCAACGCACACGGCCCCCAAUGCAGAUAAGCGAGGUACGAAAAAAACAAAAAACAAGUUCUCAUUCAGGUACAACACAACCAUCAUCCUCUACCCCCUCGCCUUUGCCGUCGAGAGCCUCCACAUCCGCCUCAAGAUCUCAAGCUGGGAAAGUCCCUCAGAAUCAACCUCCUCGCAUCAGACACAAAGUGACUAUAUCCUCGGGAGGAAGCUCACAAUCAUCCUUCAUCUCUGCAGAGAAGAGCCCCAGCACCAUUUCACGACCACCAGCCCCAUACCCCGAUUCUUCCACAGCUUCCAGGAGGGCAGACCAUUACGCGAUGCCACAGGAGGGACUGGGCUUCAUGCUUUCGAACAAGUAUAAUGGUCAAGCAGAGUACAACCGAGCUGGAGGCUCCUCUCAUCGGCCGCUCGCAAACUACCACAACGAGCAGCGUACUAAUGCUUCAAGGCCUAGUACCAUCAGUCAUAGCUCCACGAUGGGACACAACUAUGGAGCCUCACAGGCACAUGGCAGCAUGCUGCAGACUUAUUUAGGUUCAUCCUCCUUUCCCUCAAAACCUAAUGAAAAUGUGAAGCAGGAGCCAUUGACAGAGAUUCAAGAAAUGCCAAACGACAUCCUCAGCUUCCUCAAAAACUACAGCCCCCAUGAUCUCGCUGCGCUUUACCACCGCUGGGGGGCCACUAAUGCACUUUUGGAUCCUACUGGUAAGGAAUCUUUUUUGUAAUUAUUAUUUUGUUCCAUCAACAUGUGGUGAAUAAAAUAGCACUUUUCAAGACUCCUAAAAACCCAUUUUACUGGGAUCAUAUAUUCAGUUAGAAUUCACAGUGAUUCUGUGGUGUGUUACUAAAUAAUGUGAUUACUGUUUUGAACAUCUGCAUCAGGGUUUGAGUUUUAAUCUGAGUUUUGUGGGAGUCUCUACAUUUAGUGUGCGGGCGUGUGCAUGCACAGGUAUCCAAGUGUGCGCAUGCACAAAGAAGAUCAUCACUGCGGGUAUAGAUCUGCACACUUUGACAAGUGUAAUUGACUGCUUAGUGA